AUGCAAGACUUACAUUUUCGCCCCUCCUGCGGUGAAGCUGAAACCACUCAGAAUGAAACUGGCGAUCUACCUUCUCUGAACAAGCUAGAAGACCAUGGCAGCCUCACUUUCAACCUGUACCUGCCUGAUAUGCCGUACAUUGGGCACAUCAUAUGGGGGCAGCCCAGUGCCUAG